AUGGCAACCUGCGCCUUUGCCUACCCGACAAGACAGAAGCAUGCAGGGGACUCUGGGCGAUUCAGGUCAGAGGCAAAUGAGGGUCGCACUCCGUGGAGCUUUUUGGACCAGGCGGGCGACGGUUGCGACAACGGCAAGGUCGAGCCCUCCUACGUUUGUGAAUACCAGGGGAGGUUGGGCAUCGAGACCGGCUGUGUCGGUGUGGUCGCCGCUGACACCAAUCUCUUCAUUACGUUCACCGCGGACAGCUGCAACGUUGUAUGUGGCGAUGGCAUUCGGCACGUCGUAGCUGGUGAGGAAUGCGACGAUGGAAACUUGAUUGACGGCGACGGUUGCUCAAGGGACUGCCACAUCGAAGCGGGCUUCACAUGUCCGACGCAAGGGUGGCCAUCUGUGCUGCUGACCCCUUGUGUGCCAAUUUGUGGGGAUGGCCUGCGAGUCGGCGACGAGGACUGCGACGACAACAACACAGAGCCUGGUGAUGGCUGCAGUUCGACCUGCGAGGUGGAAAUUGGCUGGUUUUGCAAGCGAGCUGGCACCGGCGUGGGCGUUGAGGUGUGUCGCCAGACCUGCUUGAAUGGCAUCAUUGACCCCGGAGAAGAUUGUGACGAUGCCAACACGUUCAAGAACGACGGGUGUGCCAACUGCAUCCUCGAACCGGGAUGGAGAUGUGAGCCGAUUCAACAUCGCUUCACCAGCACAUCCUCGGGCAGCCUGUGCAUGCCCGUUUGUGGAGAUGGCUUCCGCAUCGAGCUUGGGGCUGCGGCAGAGGAGUGCGACGAUGGGAACAACUUGGCGGGCGACGGCUGCGACCCGGUUUGCCACGUCGAAGUUGGUUGGCACACGAAGGUCCAGGCAAAUUCAAGCAAGCUGCUGCUGGAAUCCAUCUGCGGCGAUGGCCUUGUAUUGGGCAGCGAAGGUUGCGAUGACGGCAACCUGGAUGCUGGGGACGGAUGCAGUACCGCGUGCAAGGUGGAGCCUGGCUUCGCUUGCACUCCUGAAGAUGCCAUGACGAAGCCGGAGGCAGCGGCUGGGCCACCGUUUGCCGCUCAAAACAGGAGCAUUUGUGUGCCUGUGUGCGGUGAUGGCGUGGUCUUGGUCGGCAACGGAGAGGAGUGCGAUGCCUUGAUGGAAAUCGUGUUCCAAAUGAUGGUUGCGCCUCAGUCUCAGAUCCACCCCUCUGCCUGCACAGCAGACGUCCGCAUGUCAAAGACCUACAGACCCACAGACAGGACGAGAAUUGCCGAGUGGAAAGUGGCUAUGCCUGUGGCAUCCAAAGCGGAGGCGCAGCCUGAGCCGCAAUCUGCAGCCAGAGUUUGCAACCGUCUCGGUGGCACCCCUCAAAGCAUGGGCUGUGCUGUGGCAGGUGCUUCGUCGCUGACCCGGUCCGUCUGCACGCCCGUCUGCGGCAGUCUCAGCCUGGGCCAAGCAUGGUGGAGUGAGAGAGGCCAGCCGUGUAAUUGUCGGCGAGGUGGAGAUGGAUUGUUGCGGGCACCAGAAGAGUGCGACGAUGGAAACGAUGGGAAGGGAGAGUGGUGCUUGGAUGCUUGUAGCUUGCGUCCCUGGAAAGUUUCCGAGAUGCCCACUAUGCCUCCGUCACCAGAUGCUUCAUUCUUCCGAAAGUCCCAUGCACCUGUUCUCAACGGUUUGCCGAGGAUGGAUGUGACCAGCUCUGCAAGCUUGAAGAGGCCUCCAGUUUUGUGA